AAGCCCACCCGAGCCUGGAAGAGAGGCCGGCGGCCGCCCCCGCCCCGCUCCCUGCCAGGCCAAGCCAAGCCAAGCCGGCUCCGUCGGGGCCCUUCACGCCCCGCGCCAGCUCGCCCAUCAUCGCAGCAGGCAGGCGGCGCUGGCGGGUCGGUUUUCCUCCUGCCCCGUCCGAGAGCCGCGGGCAGCGGGCCAAGAGGGAGCGCCGCUUCCCCGCCUCGGAGGGAUGGACGCGGAGGCGGCUCCCAGCCCGACGGGACUCUCCUCCUCCUCCUCUUGCCCGCCGCCAGUCCGCGCUCGCUGCCGCUGCUGCUGCCGCCCCGAGCAGGAGGAUGCUGACUCUGAGCGCGUGGGACGGGCCGCCGCUGAGCCUCGGCGAAGCUGACGAGAAGCCGGCGCAGCUCCUGCGGGUGCACUACGGCGGCGCCCUGGAGCUGGCCGGGCUGGGCCAGCUGCUCACCCCGACCCAGGUCCAGAGUCGCCCAACCUCCCUUGAGUGGGCCGGCUCUGACGCCCAGAAGCUCUACACCUUGAUUCUGACCGACCUGGAUGUUCCUAGCAGGGCGGACCCAAAGCUCAGAGAGUGGCACCAUUUCCUGGUGGUCAACAUGAAAGGCAGCAACCUGGACAGCGGAUGUGUCCUCUCCGAUUAUGUUGGUUCGGCCCCCGCCAAGGGAACAGGACUUCACCGCUACGUGUGGCUGGUUUACGAGCAGCCGGGGCACCUGACCUGCAACGAGCCCAUCCUGAAUAACCGCUCGGCUGCCAAGCGGGAGAAUUUCUGCUCCUCGUCUUUCCGGAAGAAGUACCAGCUGGGGGCCCCUGUGGCGGGUGCCUGCUACCAGGCCGAGUGGGACAGCCACGUGCCAAAGAUCUAUGAGCAGCUGAAUGUUAAGGAGUAGGGUGUGUGUGUGUGGGGGGGGUCCCCUGGAAUUCUGGCUCCCCGACAAUGGGCCCUCUGGCCAGUCACCCAACGCGGUCCCUUUCUCGCAGCACCAACACCCAAAGGAAGCCCCUGGAGCACCUGCCCACCUUCAGGCCCUUUUCCCUACCCAGAGGCAGUGGUUUGCCCCUGGAGUGGCUUAAGGCCCGUCCAGGUCAGCAGAGGCCAGCUGGUGUUGGGGUAGCGAGGAUGAAUUGUCACCCUUUUGCCAAGCAGGGCCCACCUUGGUUUGCAUUUGGGCGGGAGACGUUCCCCUUCGGGGAGGGGGCACAAGCUCAGUGGCAGAGCAUCUGCCUCGCAUGCCCAAGGGCCCAGAUACCCUCCCUGACCGCAGCAUCUCCAGGCUGGGCUGGGAAAGACCCCUGCCUGCAACCUGGCGGGGGGGGGGGGGAGAGCCACUCCAGUCGAGGGGAGAGGCAGGCGUCUCUCCCAGCCCUACCUGGAGAUGCUGCCACGGAGUGAACCUGGCACCUUCGGCAUGCAAAACCCAGGCUCUGCCACUGAGCCAGGCCCCACCCAUCACCCCCCAGCCUCAGGAGGCCUGCCCGGCCUGCUUGGGGAAGUUGGGCAGAAGAAUCUGAGUGCAUCCAGGCAACACUUGUUAAUGUACUGGCUGGCCUGUGGUGCAGCAUCACGGAGCUGUCCUGCGGUGCCCUGGGGCUAAGCAAGCCCCAGCGGUGUGCAGAAGAGGUCUGCAGCACCCGCACCCCUGGGACUCAGCACUACAGCUCCGUGACCCUGAACACCACACUCACUGUUAAAGUGCAACCAGACACGAAAUGCGCAAUUCGGUGGGAAAGCGGGGGGAGAGUGCUGCUCCAAAAAGAGAUUUGUUCAAUUAAAAAAUCCAAACCAUGCAAAAGUUGUCUUGUGAUAGCCGAUGUAAAAAGUGGCUGAGGACCAUGUGGAAAGUCAAGGGCGUACGGCAGGCUUCUCUAAAACCCCAAACUUUGACCAUGCAAGCUACUGCCAUGAGACAAUAUCUGAAGCAAAACGUCAGUAGAUCAUGCUCAAGGAUAUGUAUGCAACCCUCAUUCCCCUUGGCUAUGAAUCUGUUAUAGGCCUGUGCAAAUUCGGAUUCAAAAAUGCAGGUUUUAUCCAAAAUUGCCCCAAAUCAGUCAAAAUCAGUAAAAUCCAAAUCUGAUUUUUUUUAUUUUUUUAAAUUGAAUUGGUAACAUUGGAACUCAUUCCAAAAUAUAUCAAAAUUAAUUUGGGAAAUACUUCAGAAUUAGCAAAAUGGAAUAGGAUUUUUCUCCAUAGAGGUGAAUGGGGAAAUGGGUGUGUGCGUGUGAGGGGAUCACCAAAAAUCACCAGUUGGUCCUAGAACCUUGAGACUUGCCACACAUGUGGGGAAGGAACUUGGGGGGUCUCUGCAGUGAAUUUGAAGAGAAUUAAUCAAUCCCCUGACUUUUGGUGAAUUUUUGAAAUUUGUGAUUAAAACGGCUAAAAAUGGUGACAUCUGCCUCUAUAAAACUUCAGCUAAGAAACACAACAUCCAGAGCAUUCCUUUUUGUUUAUAACAGAUUUAAUACCUCGAGCAGGCUUGUUAACAUUUUUCCAACCCUGGUCGCCGUCUCUAAAAUUCUGUUUAUUGUUGACUUGGCAAUGAGACAAAUGUUUUCAUUAAUUUUAAUAAAGGAGGGCAUAAUUUGCAUUGUAUAACAUAUAA